GAAGAGUGAAGUUUUUAGUUUUCUUCACUGAAUGAAACAUGCAAGAACCACUUUCUCAUUGCAACUUUGGGAAGAAUAUCUAGGAAUAUUUACAACUACUGAUCUAAGAAAGAAGAAAACUACUUAACAGAUCAAUUUUGUAUAUAUAGUCCAUGGAGUCCUCAGAGGUGGCUGAUCAAUUCGUUGAUGGACCAAUCAAGACAACUGAAGAGAAAUUAUGGACCACAGAGGCAAAUGGCUCAGUUCAGCUUCGGAUAGAUGCUUUAUGCCCUCAGAGUCCUAUUACUGUGCACCAGAUGUUUCUUGAGUCUGUGGAUAAAUAUGGCCCUUUGGAUGCAUUGUCUACCAAGAGGAAUGGAAUAUGGGAACAUGUUACUUUUAUGGACUACUACAAGCUCUGUCGUCAAGCUGCCAAAAGUUUCUUAAAGCUUGGUCUAGAACGUUUCCACAGUGUCGGAAUUUUGGGGUUUAACUCAGAGGAAUGGUUUAUUUCAGCAAUUGGAACUGUGUUUGCUGGGGGGAUUAUCACUGGGAUUUACACAACCAAUUCUCCAGAAGCGUGUCAUUAUGUUGCAAGUGACUGCAAAAUGAACAUAAUUGUGGUUGAGAAUCAGAAACAGCUGGAGAAAAUCCUGCAGAUUUGGGAUGGCCUACCUCAUCUUAAAGCUGUUGUUCAGUACAAAGGCAACUUGCAGGAGAAGAGACCAAAUUUAUAUACGUGGGAAGAAUUCAUGGAAUUUGGGAAGGAUAUUGCAGAUGCUCACUUGGAUGACAUCAUAAACUCACAGAAAGCCAACCAAUGCUGUGUCCUCAUCUACACUUCUGGUACCACUGGAAACCCCAAAGGAGUUAUGCUGAGCCAUGACAAUGUAUGGGGAAUUAAAAUCUUACCUGAAUGGCCAAGGAUUACAUCAUAGUUACUGUAUUUGUUUCCUCUCCAACACAGAUAACCUGGACUGCUGCCCAUGCAAGCCGUGCAGGUGAUAUGAUACCUGCAGAAAUCCAGCAGGAAACCAUAGUCAGUUACCUGCCUCUCAGUCACAUAGCAGCCCAGAUAUAUGACCUGUGGACUGGAAUUAAAUGGGGAGAACAUGUAUUCUUUGCAGAUCCAGAUGCUCUUAAGGUCAGUAUAUAAAAAGAAAUCGCUGUUGUAUCUAAAAUAUCCUUUUUCCUCCUGUGAGUUGCCAGGUUUUGUAUAUUACUUUAAAAUGAUGAUUAUCAAGUGCUUUGGGAAAAAAGAAAUAAAUAAAAUAAUAGGGAUCAUUGGAUACUGAUCUUUUAACCCAGGGAUUUUAGUCUCCAUGAUGUUUAGUAUAGAUCUUCAUAAUUAUUGACCUCAACGACCAUAUUUCCUUUUCAGUUGCAAGCUAGAAAUAGGCAAUAUGCAAAAUAAAAAAUAAAGGUCUACUUCUCUAAUAUACUAAAAGUUAAUUUAAAAGUGAAAAUCUUUAACAGUGGAGAUUAAAGCCUCUGGGAAUGGUGACUGUAACAGUGAAAAUGCUAUGCACUUGCUUGGUACUGUGGAACAGCAGAUAUAGUGAGAUGGCGCCUCUAACAGCAGGCAUAUUAUCUUCUGAUGAGAUAGAUCUUGUAACAGUGGGACUAAUAUGCUCUUGGAAAAGACUAUGGAAUAACGGUACAGUAGGGUAAUAUGGUGCCCGUAACAGUGGGUAUAAUAUGCAUUGGUAGGAACUGUAUGGUAUUAUGUACAAUUGGUUGAGAUAGUGCCUGUAACAGUGGGAAUCAUAUACUGUUUGUAAGAACUGUGCCAUAACAAGUAUAGUAGAGCGAGAUGGUGCCUUUAACAGAGGGCUAUGGAAUCUAUGGUGGCAGAUACCAUUGCACUCAUACUGGGGUAAGGCGGGGUCUGCAUUGCUAGUGCACUAAAGCUACCAAAAGUCCUGUCAAAAACAAAAAAAA